AUGGAAGCGGAGCAGAUCUUAGUUGACAGUGAAAUUAUUGACAAGUUGUCAUCUUUGAGGCCUCAACAGCCUCGUAUUGUGCCCAUGGGACCUCACAUAUCACAUGUUUAUGACUCCCGUCAUUCGGUGAGCAAUUCUGCAAGGCGCCUUGAGGUUCUGCGCAACUGUAUCAACUGCAUAUUUGAGAACAAAAUUAGUGAUGCUCGUAAGACUUUUCCAGCAGUUCUACGUGCUUUGAAGUCUAGAGCUGCCCGAUUAGCUCUUUGCACUGAGUUAGCUCAGCAUGUUUUAGGUAAUAAGGCUAUGUUGGAGCAUCAGCAGUUUGACUUGGUUGUACGACUUAUGAAUUGUGCUCUGCAGGUAAGAAUAAAGAAUUUGUGA